AUGGCAGCAGAAGGACUUUCUGUAUUUCUUCCUGGGGAUUACUGCCCUUUGAUUCGACCUUCAGAAGGAACAGCAGCAGAAGCAGCAGCUGCUGCCUCCGCCUCUGCAGCAGCAGCAGCAGGUGUAGCCCGUUCCUUUGACUGGAGUGCUGUGCAUACCCCCGUGGCUCAGUCUGCUGGGAAUACAGACCCGCAGCAGCAGCAGCAGCAGCAGCAGCAGCAGCAGCAGCAGCGGGAAUCUUCAGUAGAUAUAGAUGGAGCAGGGUAUUGUGUGAAAGCUAGAACGGCAUCUGUAUUGCUGCCGCGUCACGCUCUGCCCCCCCACGCCCCCACCUACGUUUCUAUCAGCAGCCACAACAUAUACACCCCGCGAGUAGGCGACAUCGUCGUCGGUGUUGUUCACUCAAAAGGAUCUGAGUAUUACGGUGUGAAUAUCCGUGGCUUUGCUCCCGCGCGGCUGGCAGCGAUCGCGGGCUUUGAGGGUGCGACGCGGCGCAGCAAGCCCAUGCUGAGUAUAGGUUCUGUGUUGCUGCUGCGUGUUUCACAUAUAUCUCCGCUGCUGGGUGCUGAUGUAACCUGCUGCAGCAGCAACUGCAGCAAACCAUGGACAAGCAACGAGAAGGUUCUAGGAGAGCUCAAAGGAGGCAUAGUCAUUGAGGUUCCUAUUCCUUUUGCAUUCAGCCUGCUGUGUCGCGAUAGCUUGGUGCUGCAGCUGCUGGGGCAGCGCCUCCCCUUUGAGAUGGCCACGGGCCUCAAUGGCCGGGUCUGGGUCCGCGCGGAGAGCGCCGCGCUCAGCAUAAGAGUGGGAAACUGCAUAACUGCUGCAGCAGCGGGGAGAAGCCCAGCUGUGCUGCAAGCUAUUGUUGACGCUGUUCUACAGCAGUGA